AUGAGAAAACCAAAUUGGACGAAGGAGAUAAAGAAUGCACUACCGUAUGGAGACACUAUUCAACCAAUUCCUGGACCUAAGGGUGAAAAGGGUAUAGAUGGAGUGCCAGGCAAUAAAGGUGAUAGGGGACCAUUUGGGCCACCUGGCCUCCCUGGAUUGGAUGGAGUAUGCCAUUUGAAUUGCCCUGUCCGGUAUAGUUCAGCUUCAACGGAGGAUGCCACGAGCUCCGAGGGAUUUCCAACGGAGCUUGGAACACAAAAACGACCAUCUGAUGUGCCUUGUAAUGUUCAGCGUAAAGAUGAUAAGUUUGAAGGAAAAACUUGGAUUAAUCCAGAAUCCAAAUUUCAAGUGGAAUGCAUAAAGAAAACUGCACAGACCUGCCUUAUUUUUGAUCUUAAAGACAGUGGAUAUAUAGAAUCUAAUUCGUAUCAUACAGAUAGAAAACAAAAUACGAGCUUUUGGCUAAGCAAUUACAGAAGUAAAGACCUCAAGAAACAAUUUGAUCUAACUCAGUUUUACAAUAAUAUCACAAUAAAACAAAUAGCUUGGCUACAAGAGAGAACUCAACAAGUGACGCAAACAAUAAGAUAUCACUGUAAAAACUCAUACGUAAUGGAGAAUCUAGAAACGGCAUUGCAUUUGUAUUCAUGGAAUGAUGUCGUCAUAGGACCAAUGAGUACUACUUAUACUCCAGUAUACUACUCUAUACUUCCAGACCAUAAGCAUGAUUGUACAGUAAGUUUUUUUUUAUAUUUAAAUAACUAAUGUAAAUAAUAGCAGAUUUAUUCUUCCCUAUCGAUGGAUUCAGAUAGAAGUCAAGCCCAGUGCGGAUUGACGCGUAAUGACAGCAGAUGCAGCUGAGAUCAACUGUUUAACGUGAGAUAUUUUAUAGAUAAUGUUACAAGAUUUUUUUUUGGUAGAAAUAUGUUAGAAAUACCUACAAGAGGCCUUAAUCAAAUCAAUUCUAAGACUAAAUCUAAUUAUAGUUAAAUUCAAAAUUGGUUGACAAAAAUCGGUCUUUUGAACUGCGUGCACAAAGAGUUGAAUAUACUGAUUAGAUUUUCAUUGCAGGCAGAUGCGCCAAAAGAUAAAUGGCUUUACAGUGACAUCACAGUAAGAAGUAAUACUAAACGACUACCAAUUAUCGACUUCCAUAUAAGAGACAACCGCGAAGAAGAUCAAUAUUUCUACAUUGAAGUUGUCAAUCUAUGUUUUAAUUAA